AAGCUCACCAGUAUAGAUCACAUUGACAAAAGAAUGGAAAUUACAAUUGUUAAUUGACAAUACAUGGAUAUAUCUAAAUGUCGAGUUGAAGACAACAGCAAGUGCUUUCUUCUUUUCACGCAUAGGAUUUUGCAAAAGUUCUGCCUCAUGCGAAUACAAAAGUAGAUUUGUUAAUAAGGGGUUGAUAUUAAUAUAAAGAAAGGGUGAAUUAUUCGAGAGCCGAAAUCAUUGGCAACCGCUACGAUCUUGCAUUGAAAAGUGGAAAUCCCAGAGAAGUAAAAUGAACCUCUAGUAGAUAUGUCUUAGGAUUUAAUCUCGGAAUAUAGGCUACCAAUAUAUUCAUUUCAUCAUUUGAAAAAGGUAGAGCAUUAAAGAAUAUCAAAUUUUACGGACCCCCGACCCAGUUUAAAAUGGAAGGAAAACUUGGGAGACAUCAAUUCAAUUGAAAAGCAUUAGAAGAUUACUAUGGCCUCCUCGUCUUACGCGUCUACAGAGGAGACGACAAAUGCCUGUAGAGCCUGUCGACUUCUGCUGGGUCCAUGUACAGAUGAGUUACGUGAUGUUUUACGUCAUUAUGUACCAGCGUCAACAUUUCCACACGUCAUCAAACGAAAGAGGAGUGAUCUCCCCCGUCUGACAGCUCAACAGAUGAAUAUAAUUUUACCGAGAGGUAGUAGUUAUACAGGAAACUAUGAUGAUAUGGACAUUUCCUUAUUGUACAUACUACUCAGAAACAUUUGUAGCAUACCUCCACACAGAAAUCGGUGGGGAUAUGAUCCAGACCCCACAGAUCGAUCUCUCUCUGCCAACAUUGAGAGAAUCCGUAUUGCCAGAAAUCAAUGUGUACAUUCUUCUAGCCCAGCCCUCUCCAAUGCUGAUUUCAACACGAUCUGGUCCACUGUCAGAUCAGCAGUUGUGGACCUUGAUUCUUUCCUUAGCAAUGGGAACCAGUUUGAAAGAGAGGUGGACUUUUUGAGACAUGAGACGAUGGACCCUGUCCGUGACUGCCAUUACAUAGAAGAACUGAGGAAACAGGCUGAAGAAGAUGCAGAAACUAGAAAAAUGGUUCAAGGACUGAAACAAAAAUUGGAAGAGAAUGAAACUGAGAGAAAUGAGAAUCACAAUAAAAUACUGAAAAUUGUUGGUAAGUACCAUUGUAACAUUGAUACAUAUUUAUGAGCUCAUAAUACUGUUCUUUAAAAUUGUAUGAUAUUCAGAUUCCACACAAACUGAUAUUCUAAUAUUAUGAAAAAACAGGAAUC